AUGAGAAAGCAGAAAAUGCAGGUCAAACACCGCCUCCACCGAGGCCUGGAGGGGCCGGCGGUUCGGGGCGGGCAGCCACAGCCCGGAGGCUGCCCCGAGCCGGACGACGACCCCCGCGGCCCCUCGGGACAAUGCGAGGACACGGGGGCGCGGAGAAGGCCGGGCUGCAGCGGGGCUUCCCCGGCGCUCGCCUUCACCGACAAAGCCCCGCGGCCGCUCCAGCCCCAACUCCGGCCCCGGCACCGCACCGGCCGCCAGCGUCCCGAGCCCGCGCACCGCCGGGCCCGCCAUGAUGCCCGCACACCGCGCCGGACCGGGUCAGCUCGGGCCGAGCCUCCGGGGGCACGGCGGGGCGCUGCCGACCGGGCUGCCACGGCAGCGCAGAGCAGAGCGUCAGACCGCGGGCCGCGCAGGAACCCCCGCGGCCGUCCGCCCAGCCGCCCGCCCCAGCGUUCCCUCCCGCCGCCCGGUACGGCCGGUUCCCGCCUGCCCGCGCCUACCUGGCCGGCCCGUUCCCCGGGCCCCUGCGCGGCACCAGGCCCGGCUCGGCGCCACGGCGUGUCCCGGGCAGCCGGCGAGAGCGAGCGCUCAGCCGCGGCAGCGGCGGCCCCUCCCCCGGCGGCAGCGGCGGCUUCUCCCCGGGCCGGGCGGAAACGGCACUGCCCUCACGGGGUCCCGGCGGGGCCGCCCGGGGCCGGGACCGCCCCUCCUCGGGCCGCCGGGGCCAGCGCUCCCACAGCUGGCCGGGCGCCGUCCCUGGAGCCCCGAACAAAGGCCGCGGGGCAGUGA